UACAGGUCCCAGGCUGCCCCGGGGGCUGCCGCCCGCCCCGCCAUGGCUGCGCGCUGCCUCCCGGCCGGGCUGCGGCGACUGCUGGUGCUGCGGGGGGCGGCGGGGCGGCGGGGCAUCGCCUCCUGCAUCGACCCAUCUGCUGGCCUGACUGAGGAGCAGAAGGAAUUCCAGAAAGUUGCCCUUGAUUUUGCUGCCAAGGAGAUGGCUCCUCACAUGGCUGAGUGGGAUGAAAAGGAAAUAUUCCCUGUGGAAACAAUGCGGAAGGCAGCCCAGCUAGGAUUCGGUGGGAUCUACGUGAAACCAGAUGUCGGUGGCUCUGGAUUGUCACGACUUGACACCUCCAUAAUCUUUGAAGCUUUAUCAACUGGAUGCACCAGCACCACUGCUUACAUGAGCAUCCACAACAUGUGCGUUUGGAUGAUCGACACCUUUGGCAAUGAGGAACAGAGGCGCAAGUUCUGCCCAUCGCUCUGUAGCAUGGAAAAAUUUGCUUCUUACUGCUUGACUGAGCCAGGAAGUGGAAGUGAUGCAGCUUCCCUGCUGACUUCAGCUCAGAGGAGAGGGGACACCUACGUCCUCAAUGGCUCCAAGGCCUUCAUCAGUGGAGGAGGUGACACUGAUGUCUACGUGGUCAUGUGUCGCACGGGAGGCCCAGGUCCCAAGGGCAUCUCCUGUCUGGUGCUUGAGAAGGGGACACCAGGGCUCAGCUUUGGGAAGAAAGAGAAGAAGGUGGGCUGGAAUUCCCAGCCAACUCGGGCUGUGAUCUUCGAGGACUGCAUUGUUCCUGUUGGCAAUCGGCUGGGAGCUGAAGGGCAGGGCUUCAACAUCGCCAUGAAGGGACUAAAUGGAGGCAGGAUAAAUAUUGCUUCUUGUUCAUUAGGAGCUGCUCAUGCCUCUGUUCUUCUGGCUCAGGAACAUCUCACUGUCCGCAAACAGUUUGGAGAACCUCUAGCAAACAAUCAGUACCUGCAGUUCAGGCUGGCAGAGAUGGCGACACGCCUGGUGGCAGCGCGGCUCAUGGUUCGCAAUGCAGCGCGGGCACUGCAGGAGGGACGGGAGGAUGCGGCCGUGCUCUGCUCCAUGGCCAAGCUCUUUGCUACUGAUGAAUGCUUUGCGAUCUGUAACCAGGCUCUGCAGAUGCACGGUGGCUACGGCUACCUGAAGGAUUAUGCUGUGCAGCAAUUUGUGCGAGACAUCAGAGUCCACCAGAUCCUGGAAGGUACCAACGAGGUGAUGCGGAUGAUUGUUGCCAGGAAUCUGUUACAGGGUUGAAGCCAGGAGUUAGACUCACGCCUUAAAUUCCUUCAUCUGUCACAGCUUGGUUUGUUUCACUCCCCUAUUCACCAGCUCUCUCCCUGGGAGUGGAGAGGGGGAUACUCUGAUGGAAACAGUCUUUCUGUCUUACACUGACUGGGAGCACAGCUGGAUGCGACCCACGUGCUGUCGCAGCUGCACCCCGUGCCUGGCAGAGCUGCUGUUCCCUGAAGAUACAAAUUACAGUUGUGAAUAUGAGUCUCUUUCUCCAAACCCUGAUAACGGGCUGUUUGCCACCUGUCCUUCUCAGAAACACUAGACCUGUUGGACAUCUCUGCUGAGCCACUGGCAUGGGAAUUUCAAGCAGAGGUGGAGGUGAGAUCUUUAAUUCUAUAGAACUGGUUGCUCUGCUUAAAACCUGUCCUCCUGGGUGCUGGGAAGAAGUUUGCUGCCAGUCCUGCAGUUCUAACACUUGCGGAGGUUGAAUUGAGGAGCAGGGUGCCUCUCCUUUAUCCAGAAGCACUCUCUCUCUUUUUUUCGGCACACGUUUUCUAAGGUACUCAGCAUUCUUUCUCCUUGUUCCCACCACAAAUUGGUGCUUCAUCACAAGGAAGCCUUUGCUGCGCAGGGGAAUCAAUCAAACCCCACAGUCCUGCCUAGAGACUCUUGUCUGAAAUCAAUACAAUGUUGGGGGAGUAGAAACGUUAAAUUAAACUGGGUUCCCCUCAGAUUUGGAAUCAAUAAAGCAAUGAUGGCAACUCUACAGAGUUG